AUGAAUUUGAAGCAGGUCUUUCUUCGAUAUUUCUUGCCUACUAUCACCGAAGUUUAUCAAGCCCAACACGAACAAUACAAGAAGGAAUAUGAACCCACCAUCGGCGCUCUAGAGAUCGAACUAGGGAUCAUCGAACGCUGCAUUGUUGAUCGUCGACGAAUGAGGUCGGCGCUGGUUAAUUCGAUGCGAUAUUCGAAGUGCAUCCCUGUUCCGUCGUCCUCAGAGGCGUGGCCGAGCUCUGAAAGGCGCUGCGGGCAGGCGCCUUCCCGUUCACAAUCCUGGGACUCAGUCUCCACCGUCUUCGGACCUGCAAACUACCCAUCUGUAUGUGGCAGCAGUCCCCGCCACUCGCUGGAUGACAACGCAAUCUUCGAGCUCCGGGAGAGGAUCGAAGAUGUACAAGCGCUUCAAUCAUACGCAGAAGAACUCAAGAAGUCCAUCAACGACUGUCGUUUCUUGGUAGACACCCAAGCCACGGCGGACCUCACUGGAUACCGCGAGCUGCGGGACUGGGCAAAGACAAUGCUCCAAGCCUACGAAUAUGCGACUACCGUGUUGAUCAGUAUAUCUACAGUCGGCGCUAGUCUGGUGUACACGACGAUCUUCAGUGCUUCAAGAGGCAAUAUCGGAUAUAUGUGCCUAACAUUCCCCCUCUUUAUCUUCGCCUUUGUCGUAUCUGUCAUGGUACAGAUAUCACUCCGCUGGGCAGCAAGCCUCCCCAACCCCGUCGCCUUCGCCUCACAAACACUCUGGAAGUACAUCAUCAGAAUCUCGCUGGCGCUCGCCGCGCUCUCCGUCCUAAGCGCAUUGGCCGUCUUGAACGUGACAAUAUUCUUCCUGGACCCAGGCUCAAGCUCAAGUAGCAUCGACAACGACAUCUCCCUCAAUACCGUGGGCGGCGUGACCAAAGGGAUCGUGUCCAUCCCCGGCAUUGCCGUCUUUGCAGUUUGUGUACUAGGGUUCCUCAUCCUGUGCGGGGCGAUUGGAGUGAGCGUGUUUGCCUGUAGAAGAAGUUGUUUGACGCGCCAUGACCCGGUGAACCUGACAGCUGAUGCAGUGAAACGGAGGAAUGAGCUGUCCCUUGAGUCUUUUAAGUCUUGUAAUAUAUGA